AUGGCAGAUGAAUUUGAGAUUAAAGACCUUGGCAGUUUGAGAUACUUUCUUGGAAUGGAGGUAGCGAGAUCGAAAGAAGGAAUAUCCAUCUCUCAAUGGAAGUAUACUUUGGACUUGUUAAGAGAAAUACAAAAGACUGGAUGUAAACCUGUUGAUACUUCUAUUGAAGUCAAUAGCACGCUGGGGGAUUCUGUUCAAGGGAUUCCUAUAAAUAAAGAAAGGUAUCAAUGUCUCGUAGGGAAAUUGAUUUACUUGUCUCAUACCAGACCCGGUAUAUCAUAUGUUGUUAGUAUGAUUAGUCAGUUUAUGCAGGCUCCAUAUGAGAGACACAUUGAAUUUGCUACUCGGAUUUUUUGGUAUUUGAAAUCUACUUCGGGAAAAGGCUUAAUGUUCAAGAAACAUGACAAAAGAUGCAUUGAGGCUUACACUGACUUCGAUUGGGUAGGUUCUGUUACAGAUAGAAAAUCCACUUUAGUGUACUGUAUUUUUGUGUGGGGAAAUCUGGUUACUUGGCGGAGUAAGAAACAAGGGGUUGUUGCUAAGAGUAGCGGUGAAGUAGAGUAUAGGCCUAUGAGUCUGGGAAUAUGUGAAGAAAUAUGGUUGAAGAAGGUUCAAUCUGAUCUUCAUGAGGAUAAUCAUGGUCCCAUGAAAUUUUACUGUGAUAAUAAGGUUGCCAUCAAUAUUGCCAACAAUCCGGUGCAACACGAUAAGGACCAAACAUGUGGAGAUUGA